AUAAUCCUUUCAGAGUGCCCUCAUCGCUGCCAUGUUGGCCGCAUUUGGUGCGGGCUCUCAUGGCCGUUGUCAGAAGCUGACACGCUCUGCAAUAGCAAGACAUGAUAUUCGGCCAGCGCAGCCGGAGUUUUCGCUGCCAGUUCUGCCAGCACUUGGAGUCACUUUGCAGGCAGUGCGAAAGGCUCGCAAAGCAGCAAGAAGGACGGCAAUGCGUAGUGAAAAGACGCUGCGAGAGCAGGCUGAGCAAAUAGCCAGCGACAGAGCUGCUCUGCGCAUGGGACCAGGAGGCUUAGAGAGUGUGGUUCCGCAGGCUGAACGGGAGCAGCUUGCUCAACAAGCAGAUACUCUUUCGCCCUUCAGGAAAGGCGUCAUCUUUGCUGCAUUUCUCCUCCUUUUCGGUGGCUUUCAAGAUGGGUUCUGGCUUGUGGUUCAACCCAAGCUGACGUCUCUUGGGCUUUUGCAGGUUGUUCGCACUGAAGAAUCUCAGAGCUCCUCCAUUCUGCUGGUCAUUCUCAUCCUGGCUGUUGGAGCAGGCCUACUGUAUGUCGGAACGGUUCUCUUGAAGCCGGCACCCUUGCCAUCCUUGGAAGAUGUGCUACAAGAGGAAGAGACACGAGAGGAGGCGAGGAAAGAGCUGCAGCUCGCACGAUUGUCAGGAAGGUGGUACUAUGGCAUGAAUUUGGGCCAGAGCUACGAGAUUAGCAACAACCAGGGAGAGUGGUGCUUUUCAGAAGAGCUGGCUGGACGCAAAUGCAGCUGCACUUUGAGAAUCGUUGGCAGCUGGGUUCAUGGGGAUCUGGUAGAUGAGAAGGGCGAAGAAGUGGGGCUGAUCCGGCUUCGUCGGACCACUGGCAACAGCGUCGUGUCCAAUCUCAAGGUCCCGGGCUCAACGACUUGGGGAAAUCCCAAUGAAGCCAUUGGGUGGUGACGAGAUCAGUGGCAUCCUGGUGCUCCUACAUUCCAUCCAGAAGAGAGUCCUUCAGUUGAACCCCCAAAUCUUUCACACUCAAAGCUCCUUUCAGAUGGUUUUUGUUUCCAGUUGGAACAAAAGCCAGGAGUGUGCAUGUCAGAAUCGUUUUCCAGCACCCGCCAAGUAGUCGCUAGGUCACUAGGUUGAGUUGGUCCACGACACUCUCCAUUUUCCAGGGGCAGUUCAUCUGAGUUGCUAAACCAGAGAUGAACUGCCUCAUUUUUCUUCGGAGUAAAUGGACUGAAGCAGCAUGUUCACUUGAGUCAAGUUGAGCUUCAAGGCGCAGGCAGGCUGUAGCCUCGUGCAAAAAUUAGCUGAAGCUGUGG